ACAUCCAUACGUACUACGACUAGCAUUAUAUGUACCGUACUGAGUGAGAUCUGAGAUCGAGUCCAUGGACAAUGAUGUUGUUAGACGGGAUGCUGUGAUGCAUUAACCUUUCGCCCGCCAUUGCCCAACAAGACCCAAGAGAAGGAGGAGAUUGAGCAUGGGGAGAAAGCUCCUCCUGAAUUAGCAACUCCAGCUGGCUAGUCUUCAAGGAGGAUGUCUCACUCUCUUGACGAUCCUGGAAGAGUCCACAUGGCGUAGGAAGUGCUUCAAAGAGGUCGAUCCAUACCUGGUUUAAAAUGUCCAUCUAUUGACCCAAACAGCCUUAUCCUUUCACACGUGGUCCUAGUUCCGCCUGGAGAAUAAAUCUCAAAAGACAGCGUUGACACACUUCAGGCCCAGUUCAUCAAUCAGGACAAUGGGAUCAGUGUUCCGUGGAGAUAAGGCCGGGCACUCUUUGUUGCCUCCAGGCCUAGUGGUUCAUGAAAAGGACGCCCAUUUCGACCAUGAUCCAACGGCGGCGGAUCAUGGUACCGAUGUCUUGUACAGAAUUGAAAAAUCCGAUUCCGUGGGUCGAUACAUGGUGGCCUCGCGUGACAUUUUUCCGGGGGAAGUGAUCUUCACCGAUCAACCAGCUUGUGUAGGUCCUGACAAUAGCUCAAAACCCAUGUGUUUGGGAUGCUUCAGUAAAGUCAAUGGGUCCUACAAAUGCCCCGGCUGCAAAUGGCCCAUGUGCAGAGAGUCCUGUACAAGAAUACCAGCCCAUCGCGCCGAGUGCGCCAUUUUCCAAUCGCGAAAAGCCGUGGUCAACGUGCCGUGGUUUGACAAGCCUUGUGCCUACUACGAUGCCAUCCUGCCCAUGAGGAUCCUGUUCCUGAAAUGGUAUAAUCCCAAAGUGUACCGUCUGGUCACACUUCUCAUGGACCACAACGACCACUUAGAUGAGGUGAGCGCGAAACAUCGGAAAAGGGUGAUCGACUUCAUCCUCAAGACUUGUCGGCUUAGCAAGGACUUCACGGAAGAGGAGGUCAACCAUGUGCUGGGGAUAUUGACCGUCAACUCAUUUGUGGUCCAUGAUCACGAAGAGGACAACUUGGAUCUCAUUGGUCUGUAUCCUUGGACCUCGCUGAUGUCUCACCAUUGCAUCGCCAACACCAAGAUCACCACAAGGGAGGACUUCUCCUACGUGUGCCAAGCCACCACCCUCAUCCACGAGGGCCAAGAGAUCGUGACCAGCUACCACCACUACCACUACCAACUGUACGGGACCUCCUAUCGCCGACGAGACCUGAAGGGUACGUGGAGUUUCGAGUGCAUCUGCAAGCGUUGCCAAGACCCUACAGAGUCAGGAACCCUGGUGUCAGGAGUCUUCUGCGAUUCCUGCCGCGAUGGAUACCUACUACCAACUCACUCCACGGACUUUGAAAGCCCGUGGCGCUGCCAGAACUGCUUUAUCCAGUUGAAGAGUGCCGACAUUGAAGCCAAGGUCAAGAAAUUUGAGGAUGAAAUCGAUGAAAUCAAGGGCACUGACGUUGAAGGUUAUGAGAAGCUGUUGCGCCGGAUGAAAUAUGCCUUGCAUGAGAACCACUAUUGGAUCUUGGAUGUGAAACGAAGACUUAUCGACAUUUGGGGGAAUAAGCCGGGGUUUGAAACGUACAAGUUGUCCAAGGAAGUGCUCGAAAAGAAAAUUGAAUAUUGUGAUCAAUUACUCGAGAUGACCGCCAAACUGAGCCCAGGACCAUCCGAGCUUCGGGGCUACCUUCUGUGGCAAUCCCAUGGUGCUCAACUACGUUUGACUCAAUGGAAAUGGAUCCGGAUGCGGAUCAACACCAUUCAGUACUUGGAACAGUUGCUCAAGCUCACUGAUCGCUUGAAGGAGGUCGUCACGAUCCUGGGGCCUAUUCGGCAGGACUCCGAUGAAGGCCAAAUGGGCCUAAGUGCCAAGGAAGAACUGCAAACGUUGGAAAGGCUCAUCUUUGAAAUGUCCAAGCAUAGGGACACAAUCUUGGCGUCAAACAAGCAUCCGCUUUCUCGACUAGGGUCGGCCGGAGCCGGCUCCUCCCGGGAUUCGAGCAUUGAAGACAGUCACCGACUCCAACGAAGGAAAUCAAUUUGUUUGUAACCAUGAAAAAACCAACAAUGGUGCCUUGCUGGCGCAUAUCUCGAUGGACAGACAAGUAACUCAUGGAUUGACUUGACCCCUGACAAUAAUAAGUACACGAAAACAGUGAAAGUGUACUUUCAUUGGAUUCGUUUCUCUACGUC